ACCAGUGAUUCGGAUGGCCCGAAUAGAGAGUUUCUGUCAAACAGAGUCAGAUCACAUCCCCUCCACCACCACCACCACCAUUUCUCUCUCUGAAGCUGAAGCUGGAGUGGGAUGGAAAGGUUAAUAAUUCAUGCACUCGUAGGCAGCGCUGCCUCCAAAACCAGUAAAGCAAACGAUACUUCAUGCCGCCCAGGUGACCUUUAGUCCCCUGGUUGCUGGAGCCCACAAAUCAGGCCUGCUUUUCUACAUUGCUUUUUAUCCCCACUGAGACUUUAAUAAUUAUAAAAGGCUCCUUCUUGACUUUCUGACGCAGUGUCGGUGACUGACCACCCAACCUGGAAGCACAUCACCAAUCCCACCGCAGUGUAUCAUAGCACAACUUAGCAUGGCAAUCUCAUGCCUGGAAAGGGAGGCCAGCCCUCAUCACAACCUCUUAUCUCCACUACACUUUUGUUUUUGCCCUCAUUCACGUAAAUGAGGUUAUUAAAUAAAUAAAGUGAAAUAUCUAUUUAUAAAAGUAAGGAGGGGCGCACUGGCACAUUUGGUGGCAGGGGCCAAUUAAAUUACCACCAAAGCAGAAAAAAGAAGAAAACCAAAAAAGAAAACAAGGUGGAGGUGGGGUGGUGCGAGUGACGUCAUGAGGCUGGUCCUGGUCAAACCCGCCAAUGAAACGAGCCUGUUGGACUCGACUGGGGUUGCACGCAGCCCAAGGGCUCCGGAUCCCUGCAGCGCCCAAAGGCCUGAGCAGCAACAGCAGCAGCAACAGCAGCAUCAGCCAGCUGGAGGGGAGGAGGAGGAGGAGGAAGAAGAAGAGGAGGAAGAGGAGGAGGAGGAGGUGAUGCAGCAUCGCCAACCGGCCGCUGUGCACCACCAGUACCAACAAUACCAACAACAGCACCACCAGUACCAGCAGCAGCAUCAGCAGCAGCAGCAACAGCAGCAUCAACAGCCACUGCCACCACCACUGCCACCACUGUGCAGCCUGCCUCCGCCGCCACCUCCGGCGCAUUCCAACCACCAACGCCGCUGUUCGCGCACCCAACCCGGGCGAAGCUGCUCCGCUUACCCGCGCCCUCCUCCGGCUCCUUCCAACGUCAAGUCUCCAUCUCGCCAGACGCAUGCAGCAUCACCAACGCCACCACCUCCACCACCACCCAGACGCAGCUGUCAGCACGAGCUUUUAGUACUCGAAAGCAAACAGCAACAACAGCACCAGCAACAGCGGUGCGUGUGCGGCACGCCGCCCGUGCAGAGCGACCCUUUCGCCGGAUUGCUCCUGCUACAGAGCCCGGUGACUUCGGAGCCGCCCGCGGAGCCCCAGGAGCCGAUUUUACAGGUGCAACAGCAGCGGCUGGUGAGAAGCAGCCUUCCCAACUGCUGCGUCCAGCAGCCGGCUCUACUGCAGCAACACACUCAGCCUCAGCAACAGCAACAAGCGCCCCAUGCAGAAUGGCAACAGAGGAAGCAGCAGGACCGUGAGCACGACGCAAAGCCCAAGCCGCAGCCGCACUGCCUCUGCCUCCAGCCGGGCAGCCAGCCGGCCACUGCGCGGUGCGGUAAAAGCAGCCCGGGGGGACGCAGGAACGAAGGGCAUCAGGUGAGUCCAGAUGCCAGCAGGCUGAGCCAUGCUUGGUCGCGGUCUUCGCUGUCCCCCAGCGGCCCCCCGGUCCCUCAGAUAGCCAUGAACAGCUGCAAGUACAAUGGAGGCGUGGUGAGACCGCUGAGCAGCCUGGGGGCGUCCCGGAGGAACCUGGCCGAUCUGGACUCGGAGACGCAGCCCCUGCAGACCCUCCACACCUCCGGCCUCGAGGUCGUGGUGUCCAAGGGCAACGGAGACGAUCCGGGCAAGGCGUCCCGCGAGAGCCUGGUGCGAGAGGGCGGGAGCAACGCCCCUCAAAAGAGGAACAAGGACAUCGGCUACAAACUCGGCCACAGGAGGGCGCUGUUCGAGAAGCGCAAGCGCCUGAGCGACUACGCCCUGAUCUUCGGGAUGUUUGGCAUCGUCGUCAUGGUAACGGAGACCGAGCUCUCCUGGGGGGUUUACACAAAGGAAUCCUCAUAUUCAUUUGCACUGAAAUGCCUUAUCAGCCUUUCCACUCUAAUUCUCCUCGGUCUGAUUAUUAUGUAUCAUGCACGAGAAAUUCAGCUGUUCAUGGUGGAUAACGGAGCGGACGACUGGCGGAUAGCCAUGACCUACGAGCGGAUACUGUUCAUCGUCCUGGAGCUGCUGGUGUGUGCCAUUCACCCUAUCCCGGGACACUACGUCUUCACGUGGACGGCGCGUCUGGCCUUCACGUAUGCACCGUCCGUGGCGGACGCGGACGUGGACAUUAUCCUGUCCAUCCCCAUGUUCCUGCGGCUCUACCUGAUCGGCCGGGUCAUGCUGCUCCACAGCAAGUUGUUCACGGACGCUUCGUCGCGCAGCAUCGGCGCCCUCAACAAGAUCAACUUCAACACGCGCUUCGUCAUGAAGACCCUGAUGACCAUCUGCCCGGGCACCGUCCUGCUGGUCUUCAGCAUCUCGUCCUGGAUCAUAGCGGCCUGGACAGUGCGGGUGUGCGAAAGAUAUCACGACAAACAAGAAGUUACCAGUAACUUUCUGGGCGCAAUGUGGUUGAUCUCCAUAACCUUCCUGUCCAUCGGAUAUGGAGACAUGGUGCCGCACACCUACUGUGGGAAGGGGGUGUGUCUACUGACCGGAAUCAUGGGAGCCGGCUGUACCGCCCUGGUGGUUGCUGUGGUCGCCAGGAAGCUGGAGUUGACCAAGGCGGAGAAACACGUCCAUAACUUUAUGAUGGACACUCAGCUCUGCAAAAGAGUGAAGAACACGGCUGCUAACGUACUCAGGGAAACGUGGCUCAUCUACAAACACACCAAGCUCGUGAAGAAGAUCGACCACGCCAAGGUCAGAAAACAUCAGCGCAAGUUUCUGCAAGCCAUUCACCAACUGCGGAGUGUGAAGAUGGAGCAGAGGAAGCUUAACGAUCAGGCAAACACACUCGUCGAUUUAGCCAAGACGCAGAAUGUGAUGUAUGACCUGGUGUCGGAGCUGCAGGAGCGCAGUGAGGAGCUGGACAAGCGGAUCGGUCAGCUGGAGGAGAAACUGGACUCCAUUACCUCCAGCCUGCAGGCUCUGCCUGGCCUGCUGUCCCAAGCCAUACUGCAGCAGCAGCACCACCUGCUGGACGGGCUGAUUCAGCACGGCCUGACGCUAACGCGGCCGUCCUCGCAGGCGUCCGAGCGCUCCUGGAGCUCGUCGGUCCGCCGGCGGAGAUCCCCGUCCACUGCUCCACACACGUCCUCCGACAGCGGAUAGCCCGCACACACACACACACACACACACUCUUGACUUGCAUACACACACAAACGCGUGCUCACUCACUACCACUCACUACUCUGCCAUCCUUGACUAACACUGCUAAAAACUACUUUUAGUACUAAAAUCGGAAAAAAAAUAAACGAUGACUUCGACACACUGGAAAAAACAACGUAAUGAGUUAACAGUUCAUGGUAGACAUAUGGUUUACGUUUAGCCAUUGUAUGGCUGUUUAAAGUUAGCUUUUUUGUAAAGCCCUUGUAUAGUUACGGACUGGAUCCAGGGUGCUGGGGGGGCAUCGGGAAAAUUAAAAAAAACACCGCCAGAGAGAAAGCCACGCUUUUUCUCACCAGACAGAGGAAAAAUUGGACGAAAUCUGAGAAAUAACCGAGCGAGUGAGCAAGAGAGCGAGAGAGAGGGAGAGAGAGAGAGAGAGAGAGAGAGAGAGAGACAGCGACUUCCCGAAGAACUUACACACAACACGUACGUACAGCUGGUAUGGGCGAACACAGGGGCCUUUGGGAGCUCUGACCUGGAGCUAAUAUCCACCAAAAAAAAAAAACCUACAAUGACCAACACAGACGGAGAAGCGCGGAAAUGUUCAGAACGAAGACCACAAGAAAAAAAAAUUGAUGUAGUCACAUUGCCGGAUUCCAAAAAUGAUAAACUGUGUUACCAAACAAGCGUCAGAUAAGAAUUCUCACGUUUGUGCUGAAUGGAAAUGUUGCUGCCAGUGUGAAUUUUUUGCACGUUUGAAGACUAGUUUAAUUUUCACUCCUGAAGUUUCGAGAGUAAUAGUUUACAACAAACCCCGCCCUCAUCACCCGAGCAUGUCUGGGAAGCGUCAGAUCUGAAGCGAAUCACUGUGUGUGUGCGAGUUUUACCUACCUCCCCGUUCCUUUUCUUCUUAGUUUCAGUUUUCGUUGCUGUUGAUCUGUUGUUCUUUUGUUUAUUCAUCACUGCUUUGUUUGUACGUUUGUUUUCGGUCUGGAUUGAAAAAAACUACAUUCCUGUUUUUGUGUGUUUUUUUGUUUUCUACAAAAUGAACGCAAGUGCCCAAAAUCGAAUUUUGCAUUGUAAUGUUUAGGAGACUGGAUGUCAGAAGCUGACGUGGUGGGAAUGAUACAGUAAAUACGAUAAAUGUAGUAUUUUAAAGUGGUAUUUACGGUAAACACGGUUGGCUGGUUUAAUUGGAGGCCUGUGAUUUUAAACACAGAGACAUUUCUUGGUAAACCAUCCUCGCCUUUAAUCAGAGCUUCCAAGGGUCCUUCACAGCUGCUUUAGUUCAGGCCGAGGGUUUGACCGACCGGUGGAUUUCGGACCAGACGACAGGAAGAACACCCCACCCCUUGCAUGUUUCAAUGCAAAUGACGAUGGAGCUAACCUAUGGGAUGGCUUUAUGUUAUUUUUUCCUUUUCUCUUCCUUUUUUUCAUUUUUUACAAAGAUUCUUUUUUAUUAUUUACCUAGAAUUUUUAUAGCUUGUAGAGGAUCUACUAUAAUAUUACUACAGAGUGGCAGCAUAGUUGAAUUCAUGCAUUCCUAGAUCAAAGACCAAAAAACCACCAGAAAACAAAAUGAGAUUAAAAAAAAUACAGAAAGAAAAGAAGAAGAAGAGACUAAUUGCUCAUUUGGAUAUCAAUACCAUCAUAGAUCACAUGAAAUUGAAUUGAUUAGGUUCCCAGCUCUGUAUCUGAGACUAAACUUAAGAUGUGGUUGUUUUUACGGGUUUAAAUGACAAAAAAAAAAAAAAAACAUGGAAAGAAAAAACAACACUGACAAACAAACUGCCUUUACCGUGUGUCUUCGGCCUUGUUGACCAACCUGUAGCAGAUGAACUUGAUGCUGGGCUCCAAUAUAAAGAAAUAAAUCCACAAAUCCUGAA